GUGUCAGGAUGCCUGAAGCCGCCAAGUCCGCGCCCAAGAAGGGCUCCAAGAAAGCCGUGACUAAGACCGCCGGCAAAGGAGGCAAGAAGAGGAGAAAGAGCAGGAAGGAGAGCUACGCCAUCUACGUGUACAAGGUGCUCAAGCAGGUCCACCCCGACACUGGCAUCUCUUCUAAGGCCAUGGGCAUCAUGAACUCGUUCGUCAACGACAUCUUCGAGCGCAUCGCCGGUGAGGCGUCUCGCCUGGCUCACUACAACAAGCGCUCCACCAUCACCUCCAGGGAGAUUCAGACCGCCGUGCGUCUCCUGCUGCCCGGUGAGCUGGCCAAGCACGCCGUGUCCGAGGGAACCAAGGCCGUCACCAAGUACACCAGCUCCAAGUAAACACACUGCUCGGACUGCAACAACCUCAUCAACCCAACGGCUCUUUUAAGAGCCACACACUUUAUCUAAGAGUUAACAUGAUCUUUAUACAAUGUGAAUAACAUUUGUCUGUAUUAACCUUCACGUCCUUUCAUUUGUUUACUGUAAAAUGAAUGAAAAUGUUACGGGCGCUGAUUAACGCAAAGGCAAAUUAGGCACGCGCCUAGGGCCCGAUUGGCAGGGGGCCCAGACAGAUGGACAAUCAAAACCUAAAAAUGACUUGGUCCGCGUUUCAGGACGAUUUACACUCCUCGUCCUGAUGAGGUGCCGCUGUCAGGGCGUAGCGAGGACAGUCUGCACCGAUCGACAGACGGGCGGGAGAAGCCGCAGCAAAGUCUAGGCGGGGGUUCGCUGUAAACCACCUUCGCCCUGAGCCCUUCCGAGCCCUUCCAAGAUCUAGAGUUGGUCGCGGCGCACCACCGGCGGAGGAAAUUUCAUUUCCAACUUAUGUGUGACACUGUUGUAUGUUGAAGUCGGCAUCAAUUCAUGAACAAAACUGUUGAAAUAUGGAGAUUAAAGGUUUCUGCCCAACAGUUAUCUCCAAUACAUAUUGACCUAAAUGGAUUUGUUAAAAGACUAUAUAUUUUUUUUAAUUAUUUUUUUUU